AUGGAUGCUCAGUAUCCCUUUGCCUCACGCGACGAUAUUUGGCGCGUUUUUGAAGAGUUGAAAGACCUCCACGCCACGCAGAUCGAGCAGGCGGAACGCAUUGCAAGGCUUGAACGCCGGAGGGACGAGGAUGCAAGGUUGAAAAGUGUCUGGGGCCCCCUUUCACCUUUCCCGAGCUCCGUUGGCGGCGCUGUACCGACAGGUAUGGGAAUUGCGUUUGCUGCCGUUUGUCACGAUGAACUUGUUAUUAAUGCGUCUUGUGUCUUCACAGAACCCGCGUUCCAACCUACCGUCGAUACUUUCAAGGGAUUCGACCAAGGACAACAUCAGAGUAUGGGUGCCAUGGCCCUAGAUACUGAAGACGAGCCGAGGAGGGGGACGUCGAGAGCGAAUAGUGUUCGGUUUGAUGAGAGUGCCAUACACGGGUAUUACGGACAAGCCAAUCGGUCUAGCAGUGAGCUUCCAAUAAGAACUGGAAGUGGGAUGGGAAGCCUUCCUUUAACCGAACGAUCUCUAUCCCAUCGGUCAGACGGGAGACAAAGCUCAUCGGGAUAUUCCCACCACUCAGCUCGGACUAAUAGCCUUGGGUUAGAGACAACCAGCAGGUUAAUGGGUUCGAUGAUGAGUGACUCGCCUAUUGUUCCUCCGCCAGGUCUAUUCCUCCUUGGGCCUGUGCCGGCGAUAAUACGGUGCUGGCUGACCACAAAUUUCUCCAACGAAUCACUUCUUUACGCGGCGGUUUGCAGUGGAUCGUAUAGAUCUUGGCUGGGCUAUUCUAUGGUUCAAAAGCUAGGCCUAGAAGACCAGCUGGUACAAGAAGUGGACUCGCAAUACAUCAAGCUUCCAAUGUACCUCCCUGAAGCUAGUGUGCAUCAGGCUUCAUCGCGCCCUAGUAGCCCUGAACCUCAAGUUCCCACCUUGACCAUUCGCUUCCUUGUUCACCAUGUUGGUACGGGCGACAACUCGGUCCAGAUCAUUCUUGGAAGCGAUAUUCUUCGUGCCCACAAUGCUGACAUCAUGUUCUCGCAAGAUAAGAUUAUUAUGGUGGAUGACGGUAGGAAUAAGGUCUCUAUCCCUCUGGUGCGGCCCGAAAAUGAUUCUGUUUUCAAGAAUCUACACACGGCAUCCAGAGUCGUGAACUCACCAGGAAAUAUUUCUCGAACGUCGCUUGACUUGAAGAGUGAACGUGUCGAGAUAGAUGGUCCAUCCGCCGUCGGUGUAAUUGGGAAGCUCUCUCGCCUUGGCCAAGAUCCUCCACCGGCGCCUUCUUCAGGUCGAGAUUUUGCCGCCGAGUUCGCAACUAAUCGCACCACACGGCCCACGGAUGAACUAGGGAUCGGCAAGGACGACGGCCAGCAGGCUCCGGUCAAGGCUGCCGUACCAGUCGACACGCAAGGAGGAAACGUCGCGAAGGCAGAGCCCACUGGUGUAUGGGGCUCAUGGAAGCGCGACACAAAGUCCGAUUUGAACACUCCUGGAGCGGGCAAAUCUUCUCGACCACGUACGAUGAAGGUGCUUCGACCGUCCAAAACCAUGCAUCGAAGUGUUUCGGGUACUGGACCGCCCGGUGGCUCAGGCAAUGAGUCCACGGGGCCCUCAUCAUCACAGCCUGCCUCAACAAUGACGUCGCCUGAAAGUCGAUCGGGGAAGCCUCUCGCCCCCAAUCCGAUUGGAAGUGCCUCGGCCUUCCCGUGGCUUAAUUCGUCCUGA